GUUAGGUCUACGCAAUCAUCACCGCAUCCAUAUACAUCUGCGUGGACCUUGAUUCAUCAUUGUGGACCAUCAAAUCAUAGGCUCAUUAGCCCAUUUUAAAGACUAGUUGACCUAAAUUACAAAGACUGACUAAUAAAACUCAAGUGGGAACAAUUAUAAAAAUAUAAUCAAGUUCACAUUAAUUGGGUAUAAAUAUAAGGUAAUGAACUAAAAUCAUCUUAACAAAAAUAAAAAAAUAAAUAUGAGUUUAAUCGUCAAGAGCAUAGCCAGUGCAAAGUUGGUCCGAUUUGCCAAAGGUAUGGCUAAACUCUGCCAUUCUUCUUCUCGCCUGGCUUCGAGUCAAUCUGUGAAAGAUAUUCAUGAAGAUGCAAUAACAAAGUCUGUAUAUAUCUCCCAGUCGACUGAUAUCUACACAAAUCUAGCACUGGAGGAUUGGUUUUACCGUAACUAUGAUUUUACAAACAAUCAUAUCCUGUUACUCUGGAGAAACGAACCUUGCGUUGUGAUAGGAAGGCAUCAAAAUCCUUGGCUUGAAUCUAAUACAGCUGCAAUUAAGGGAAAUGGGAUUGCAUUGGCAAGACGCAACAGUGGAGGAGGAACUGUUUACCAUGACUUGGGGAACCUGAAUCUAUCUUUCUUCACUCCGAAAGAACGCUAUAAUAGGCGAUAUAACUUGGAUAUAAUUUGCCGAGCUUUAUAUAGACAAUGGGGUGUCAAGGCUUGCGUAAAUGAGAGAGAAGAUAUUGUCGUAGAUGGCGAAUUUAAGCAGGUAUCUGGAACAGCAGCCAAACUGGGACGUCCAAACGCUUACCACCAUUGUACCCUACUGGUGAAUGUGAAUAAGCCUGAUUUGAAUGUAGCUCUCCAAAAGAUAGAGAAUGGAAUGAAAACAAACGCGACUGAAUCCGUCCGCUCUGCUGUCAAGAACCUAACGGACAUCAACUUGCAUAUUCAUCCUGAAAAUUUACUGAGUGCUGUAGGCUGGGAAUAUCUUCGAACACGAGCAAUCACUCUUGAAGAUGGAGGGCCGAAUCUCAUACAACAGCAAAGAGGAUUCCAAUUAAUAAACCCCACCGAAGAUUGGUUUCCAGGUAUAACAGAGUUACGCAAUGAAUUUUCUUCCUGGGAAUGGACGUACGGCAGAUCACCAGACUUUACCGUAACCCGUCAAUUAGAACUUGAUUCAAUUCAUGGAGAGGUGCACGAAUUGACUCUGACGUUGGAUGUUAUCAACGGUAUGAUAAAAGAAAUCAAAAUGAGUCUCCCAUCCACGAUGAUGGCGGAUAAUUUUCGCAAAGACGCAAGCGUAGUAACAGAUUUAAAGGGAUCCCGAUACUCCGAAGAUAUCAUAACAAGGGUAGCCAGGGCUAUCGGUUGUAAAAAAAUAAGACAAAUACCACAGACGAUGAAUAUGAGCAACUUGGCUCACGUAUCUCAAUGACCGAUCGACGAUCACGCCGUUUAAAAAUCAACCUAUCAAAUUCCAACUCGGUGAUUGCUAUCCACUUCAUCGGCUGACAGUCAUGAAUUAUCUUCAAAAAUAGUGCGAGCUAUUCCAUCUACCGACAACAAUGCAUCCCAUAUUCUUUUAAUUGCUGGUGAAUUAAUUUCAAACCACCUUGAAUAUUGAUUUUCGAUCGAUGUGGAAAAAUAUUAAUUUAAAUUUGGCCUACGACACAAAAAUAAUCAUGACCACAACAAUGGCCAUACAAAUAACAAUUUCGUUCUAGGGAAAUUAAAAACAACACUAAUCCGUGGACAUUACGUAGGCACUAAUAUUUAGAAACAUUUUAACAACAAUAACAGAUGAACAGAUUUAACAGAAUAUAAUAAAAUAGAAAGAAAUAUCAAGUUUUCUGAAUAAAAUUAACUUAUUCGCUUCUUUUUCUUAA